UGACUCUCUUGGAUAUAAUUUCACACUCAUGCCAGAGCAUUCAUAUGCCAUUGCUCGUGAGGAUCCUUCCUCCUUCAGAGCCCUUUCUCAUCUCAUUUCUUUCGAUUUUCCCCGUUUCUUUUCCUCUCCUUCUCCUUUGCUCCUUACCCAUCGAUUCGUCUCUACAAUAUCCAUCUUUCUUCCUUCCUCCGCAUCCACUCGCCAGCGUGCAUUUUUCAUUUCAUUCUUCCUUCUCGUCCUGGUGCACCACUCUCUCUUCUCGAGCUAGCAAUGACACCGGCAUCAUACACAUGCACCCUGAAUACGGAUCUUACGCCAUCCAACCCCCUAUUCACCUCAUCAUCCACAUCGACAUCGUUAUCCUACUCAGCUACAUACGAAGCCCUUCGCCUACCCGAUAUUCUUCUAUGCCUUGCUCCGUUUCUCACACAUCACGACCUCUACACCUGCACUCUGGUUUCUUCCGUCUGGCAUCUAACCUUCAACCCAUGUCUCUGGAGAGCCAUCGCCAUCUCCGAGAGCCGCCACCAACCUGACUUUCUCUCGACGCUUAGUACCAAUCUUCACUGGGUCCACUCUCUCCAGUGGAAAUACACAGAAUGGUGGGAAUACCAUCACGUCUCCCGCGAGCGCGCACCGCUAUCAUUAGCAACGCUGCCAUCUUUACAGCAACCACAGCAAGGCCAACGAGUCCGCCAACCAGAUAUGUGCCGUCCAUUCGCACGCAGAUACCCUCCUCCCCUUGGACACCCCGUCUACCGUGCUCCAUCCCAGAUUUCCUUUCCCACAACCUCAACAAUCCAAAACCUCGGCUUCGAGCAUGCGUGCUCAUUACGGUCCCUUGUUCUGGAUGGGCCCUUUGAGCUGACCCCACUUCUGACGACGCUCAAACAAUCAUCACCGAUGCUACGACAAUUGAGCCUGAAGAACACGAACUGCAUGAGACGCGAGAUGGUUCCGAUGGAGUUGCUGUUCAAGGUAUCUCCAAGCCUGGAGGAUUGCUGUAUUCGGACCAAUGCUCAAUUUCUCACAGCGGCAAGUUGUGGGAAUAAAAGUGCUACUGGGGCUGGUGAUGAUGUGGAGGAAGUGGAAGGCUGCCGGAUGCGAUCGGGGUAUUCGCUUAAGUCGCUCGAGUUGGACGCUCGAGGAUUAACAAGUGCGCAGCUGUGGGUACUGCUGCUGCAGUGUCCGAACCUUGAGUCGGUAACGAUGAUCGAUUAUGGACAGAUUUCGCCAUUGGAGGACUUCGAGGCACUGGGUUCAGCUGCUGCUCAGUCUGUGAGGGAGAAUGAUGCGUGUUUGUUCCCACAACGACCUCCCCAACAGUCUGCAAGGUCGCACGGCCCUCCCAACCAUUACUCUACAAAUUCGUACCAGCGCGACAGCAGCAAUGACAGCAGCAAUAACAGUAACAAUAACGUCAACAUACACUGCCCAAAUAGUCUGCUACUGGAGCAGCUGCCAACGUUUCUCCAUCGAGGCGUCGAAUCUGUUCGGUUUGGAGACGUGGGGCUCACUGCUCUCCAAUACUACUGCCCACAGAUUAAGAGACUGGAUCUCACGCAGGCGAAUAUGGGCAAGCUGCAGAGUCGUACUGUACAACAAUUCCUUGAGUCUGCGACGAGAUUGGUACAUCUGCGCAUCAAGGGAAUGACCCUGCAGGUCGAGGAUAUGGUCGAUCCUAGGACGCGCACGUUAGUGCCAUGGGGAUGCAAAAGCUUGGAGACAUUGUCGGUUGCAUUUGGAGUCGCGGGGCCAAGGGAUCUGCAGUAUUAUACGUCUACGGUGGAGGCUGACGUAGUACCUGAAGGGUUAAACCGGGAGCAGGGAUCAGCUCAGAGCAACGACGAUAGCGAGAGCGACAAAGCAAACCAUGCUGUGUGGGCAGAGCGGAUGGUGUACAGGCAGUUGUCGCUGCUAACACAGCUGAGGGUGCUGGAUAUUAGGCAGUCGUUUUUGAGACUGCAGCUCGGGACAGGGAUCGAGCUGCUGGCAACGUUGGAGAAGCUAAAGGAAUUUUCGAUUGCGGGUUCGGGGAUCGAUGUGGAAGAAGGAGUGAGCGAGGCGAUGGAUGGGUGGUUCGGGAUGCAUUGGCCGUGGGUCGAUAAGAUUGUUGUCGCGUCUCGGGCUUGCUCGGUCAAAACGCCUGGGGCCGUGGUGUCUACCUCUACACCUUCUUUCGGAAGGUAGCGAAACAUUGACUCAAACAUGCGGCUGCAUGCUAUAUCAGAUCAAAGCUGUUAGCGAUGAAAUAAAGGAGAAGAGCGACGCGUCUUUCUAUGCCUAUGGCAAGACGCGCAGUGGCACGUACAAGGUGCUUGCCGUACAAAGCUCUUCCCACAGCGGCGGAAUUUCCCUAGGCUCGAUUCCAGCC